AUGAGAGCGGUUCCAAGCCUUACGUUCCUUGUGCUUCUGUUGUUCAUUAUUGCACCUCUUCAAUUAUCCUGGUGCAGAAAUGGACACAUAAUGCAAGAGAGACAAGCUCUUGAGAAACUCAAAGAAAGUUUCAGCAACAAUUCCUUGUUUGAUUCUUGGGAAGGAGAUGAUUACUGCCAGUGGAAAGGAGUUGGAUGUGAUGUUAUGACGGGUCAUGUUGUGAAGCUUGCACUAGGACAAAACAUAUGCGGAUGCCAUCAUACAAUAUAUUUUGGAUGCAUGUGUCCAUUAGUAACUGAUGAAUUGAACUCUUCUUUACUCCAGUUGAAACACUUGAAUUACUUGGACUUGAGCGCAACCUUUUUUCGCGGUGGCAAAAUACCAACUUUCAUCGGUUCCAUGAAACAACUCACAUAUCUUAACCUUUCUUACUGUGGAUUCAGUGGGAACCUUCCUCACCAUCUUGGUAAUCUUUCCAAUUUGCACACUCUUGAUGUCAGCGAAUAUUUCUUUUCUUUAUAUGCUAGCGACGUAGUUUGGCUUUCAAAGCUUUCAUCACUCAAACACCUUGCAAUGAAUGGUGUGUCCCUUGGGAAGGCAUAUAAUCUAUUUCAGGCACUUGACAUGCUUCUUUUUUUGUCACGAGUAGAGCUACAUCGAUGUGAACUCACCAACAUGCAAAUUCCCGGUAGCCGAGUUAAUUCUACGUUUCUUACUAAUGUUCAAGCUCUGAAUCUUGCACAGAAUUUUCUUAGUGGCCCAAUUCCUAAUGCUUUUCAAAACUUGACUUCAAUUCGAGACCUCAACCUCGGUCAUAAUAAUCUUACCUCAGUUCCAUAUUGGUUGACAAGUCUUCAUGCCCUUGUCCACCUUCAUCUUUUUUAUAACCCCUUCAAAAGAAUUGAAGCCUCCGUGUUAUCUAUCUUGACAAACAUGUGUUCUCUCCGAACACUAGAUUUGUCAUACAGCAUGGCUGUUUUAGGAGGGUCAGGACUAAGUCAAGGAAACUAUUCGGGAUGUAAGAGAUACGAAUUAGAAGUUUUGAUGUUGAGGGGAACUAAGAUUAGGGACAGUUUGCCUUCUUGGUUUGGAGAGUUGGAGAAUUUGAAAAGCCUUGAUCUUGGAAUGAAUGAAUUCUAUGGUCCAAUUCCAUUUUCCUUUGGGAAUUUGUUGGCCCUGACAACAUUAGAUCUUUCAGGAAAUCUUCUGGAUGGCUCUAUUCCAACUUACAUAGAAGCAUUGUCUGAACUUACGGCUUUGCAUCUUUCAAAUAAUCAACUACAUGGGUCCAUUCCAACUACCCUUGGACGACUGUCUUCUUUACUUGAGUUAGAUCUUUCUAGUAAUCACUUGAAUGGAAGCAUUCCUGAUAGCCUUGGACGUUUGUCUUCUUUGGGUGUAUUGGAUCUAUCUAAUAAUCACUUGAGUGGAAGCAUUCCCAAAAGCCUUGAAAAACUGGCGAAUCUAAUGAUCUUAAAGGUAGCUAAUAACUCCUUGACAGGUACCGUACCAAAAAUUCACCUUGGGACACACUUUCCUCUUUGGCUUCAAUCAGAAGAGCAGGUCUCUACAUUAGAUAUCUCCAACAAUCAGAUCGGUGGAUCUAUUCCAAAAGAUUUCGGUCAUUAUCUUCCACACUUGUACAAGUUAAAUUUCCAAAAUAACCUUAUAAAAGGUUCAAUACCAGACUCCUUGUGCAAAAUGGAGAUGUUGUUCUAUCUUGAUCUCUCCACAAACAGACUUUCGGGUGAAAUUCCUAACUGUUGGGGAAAUCAAGCAUUUUCAAUCCUAAAUUUGGCCUCAAAUCAGCUAUCAGGUGCCAUUCCGAGCUCCUUCGGGAAUCUUUCAGUGGGAUGGUUGAAUUUGAGCAAUAAUAGUCUCCAGGGUGAGCCUUUUCAAGCCUUGAAAAGGAUUGGACGUUUGAUGAUCUUGGAUCUAGGAGUGAAUCAGCUUUCAGGGGAGAUACCUUCUUGGUGGGUAGUGAAAACUUUUCCUAUUCUUGAAAAUCUGAGACUGAGACAGAACAUGUUCAGUGGUGAUAUUCCAACAUCCAUCUGCCACCUCCCUUAUUUGCAAAUCUUGGAUCUUGCUGAUAAUAAUUUCUCAGGUUCAAUCCCUCCUUGCAUUGGUAAUCUCAAGGGUAUGGUGAAAAAUGCAGAAACAGCACCAUAUGAGACUGCACUGGCACCAAUAGAAGCCACAUUACCGGAGGCAGCAAUGCUACCUAAGGAACAAUGGGACAACGAAGGUUUCAAGCAAGUCUUGAAAGGUUUUGAACAAGAUUACACAAAAACUUUGCAGUAUUUGGUAAACAUAGACUUGUCAAAUAACAGUCUCAUUGGAUCAAUCCCUGAAGGCUUUACUUCCCUUUCUGGCUUGAUUGGAUUGAACUUAUCUCUGAAUCAAUUGUCAGGAAAAAUCCCAAGCAAUAUUCAACAAAUGAAGUCACUGGAAUCCAUUGACUUUUCCAAUAAUCACCUUCUUGGUCCUAUCCCCACCAGCAUGUCCAACAUGGAUAAUCUAGGCUUCUUAAACUUAUCCAACAAUAAUUUCUCUGGUCCAAUUCCAAGAAAUGAUCAUUUCCUUACCUUUGAUGAACUAUCUUUUGCUGGCAAUCCAUGUCUCUGUGGAGAACCUCUAAAGAGUAAAUGUUUCAAUGGUGAUGAGAUGUUCACCGCUACUAGCAAUAGAGAAAACAGUAGUAAGAAAGAAAAGGUAUUGUUUUACUUUGUCAUUGCACUUGGUUUCAUAACAGGCUUUUGGGCAUUCUUUGGAAUGUUGCUGUUGAAGAAGAAUUGGAGGCAUGCUUACUUCUGUUACGUGGAUGAUGUUGCAGAUAAAAUAAAUUCAACCUCUGGCCACAUUACACAAGAGCAACAAGCUCUUAUAAACUUCAAAGAAAGUUUCAGUGGCAGUGAUUCCAUGCUAUUAUCCUGGGAAGGAAAUGAUUACUGCCAGUGGGAAGGAGUGGCAUGUGAUGGUAUCACUGGACAUGUUCUGAAGCUUGAUCUUCGACAAACAUGUAGUUUGUGCCCAGUGUUAAGAGCUAGUGAUGUUAACAGUUCUAUACUAGAGUUGAAACAAUUGAAUUACUUGGACUUGAGUGGAAUCCAAUUUGAUAUUGGCCCAAUACCAGCGUUUCUCGGUUCCAUGAAACAACUGAGAUAUCUUAACCUCUCUUACUGUGGAUUCAUUGGCAAGGUUCCUCCCAGUCUUGGUAAUCUUUCAAACUUGCAAGUUCUUGAUAUCAGCGGUUAUUUAUUUUCUCUCUAUGCUGAUGAUGUGGGUUGGCUUUCAAAGCUUUCAUCACUCAAACACCUUGCAAUGAAUGGUGUGUCCCUUGGGAAUGCAUAUAAUCUAUUCCAGGUAAUUGACAAGUUUCCUUUUUUGUUGCAAGUGGAGCUUUGUGGAUGUGGACUUACCAACAUGCACAUUAUUCCUAGUGGGCCUGUUAAUUCCACGUUUCUUGCUAAUGUUCAAGUUAUCAAUCUUGCACUAAAUUCACUUUCUGGUCCUAUCCCUGAUGCUUUUCGAAACCUUACUUCAAUUCGAGACCUCAACCUUGGUUAUAAUAAUCUCACUUCAGUUCCAUAUUGGUUGAUUGAUCUUGAUUCCCUUGUACACCUUAAUAUUUCGGGCAAUCCCUUCAAGAGGAUUGAAACAUCCGUGUUAUCUAUGUUAACAAACAUGUGCUCUCUCCAAUCAUUAGAUUUGUCAUAUAGCAUGGUUGUUCUAGGAGGGGCGGGACUAAUGAGUCAAAAUGGAAACUAUUCGGGUUGUAGGAGAUACAAUUUAGAAGUUUUAAUGCUUAGGGGAAGUGGAAUUAAGGAAAGUUUGCCAUUUUGGAUUGGAGAGCUGGUGAAUUUGAAAAGCCUUGAUCUUGGAAUGAAUGAAUUCUAUGGUCCAAUUCCAUUAUCCUUUGGAAAUUUGUUGGCCUUGAGAACAUUAGAUCUUUCAGGAAAUCUUUUGAAUGGGACUAUUCCAACUUCCAUUGAUGCAUUCUCUGAAUUAACGGCUUUACGCCUUUCAGAUAAUCAACUACAUGGGUCUAUUCCAACUACGUUUGGACGAUUAUUUUCUUUACGUGAAUUAAAGCUUUCUAAUAAUCACUUGAAUGGAAGCAUUCCUGAAAGCAUUGGACAAUUGGGGAAUCUAUUGAGCUUAAGUGUAGCUAAUAACUCUUUGACCGGUAUCAUAUCAGAGAUUCAUUUUAGUAAUCUCUCAAAUUUGAUAGAUUUACAAAUAGGAUUCAACAAUCUUACUCUGAAGAUUGAAUCCAAUUGGACACCACCUUUCAAUUUAGAAAGCCUUGGAUUGGCAUCUUGCAAUAUUGAGUCACAUUUUCCUUUGUGGCUUCAAACACAGGACCAGCUAUCCACAUUAGAUAUCUCCAACAAUCAGAUCAGUGGAUCUAUUCCAAAAGAUUUUGGUCAUCAUCUUCCAAACCUGUAUAGGUUAAAUCUUCAAAGUAACCUUAUAGAAGGUUCAAUACCAUACUCUUUGUGCGAGAUGGAGAUAUUGUUUGUUCUUGAUCUUUCAGAAAACAAACUUUCUGGAAAAAUCCCUGAUUGUUGGGGAGGAAAAAUAUUGUCAAUCUUAAAUCUAGCCUCAAAUAAGCUAUCAGGUACCAUUCCAAGCUCAUUUGGGAGUCUUAUGUUGGGAUGGUUGAAUUUGAGCAACAACAGUCUCAGUGGAGAGCCUCUUCUUGUCUUGAAAAACACUCAAUCAUUGCAAAUUUUAGAUCUUGGUAUGAAUCAAUUCACAGGGAUGAUACCUUCCUGGUGGAUAGUAAAAACUUUUUAUCAACUUCAAAAUCUGAGAUUGCGGCAGAAUUUGUUCAGUGGUGAUAUUCCAGCAUCCCUCUGCCAGCUUCCUUUUUUGCGAAUUCUGGAUCUUGCUGAGAAUAACUUCUCAGGUUCAAUUCCUCCUUGCAUUGGUCAUCUCAGAAGUAUGGUGAAAAAUGCAGCCACAACGCCAUAUGAGAGUGCAUUGGCACCCAUGAUGGAAGCUGGAGCACCAACAGUGGUAGCGGAUGAACAAUGGGGAAAGGAGGAUUUGAAGCAGGUCUUGAAAGGAUAUGAGCUAGAUUACACAAAAAAUUUGAAGUAUUUGGUGAACAUAGACUUGUCAAAUAACAGUCUCAUUGGAUCAAUCCCUGAUGGCUUAACCUCUCUUUCUGGAUUGAUUGGCUUAAACUUAGCACAUAAUCACUUGUCAGGAAAAAUCCCAAGCAGUAUACAACAAAUGAGCUCAUUGGAAUCAAUUGACUUUUCCAAUAACAACCUUUAUGGUCCUAUCCCCACCAGCAUGUCCAACAUGGAUAAUCUAGGCUUCUUAAACUUAUCCAACAAUAAUUUCUCUGGUCCAAUUCCAAGAAAUGAUCAUUUCCUCACUUUUGAUGAACCAUCUUUUGUUGGCAAUCCUUAUCUUUGUGGAGAACCCUUAAAGAAUAAAUGUUUUGGCGGUGAUGAGGUACCUUCGAGCAUGGCUCAUGAAGACAACAGUGGGAACGGUGAUCAGAAAGAAAAGGUGCUGUUUUACUUUGUCACUGCACUUGGCUUCAUAACAGGAUUUUGGGCAUUCUUUGGAACUCUUCUGUUGAAGAAGAAAUGGAGGCAUGCAUACUUCCAUUACAUGGAUGAGGUUGCGGGUAAGAUGUAUGUAGCAACAAUGGUGAGGGUAGCCAGGCUCAAAAGGUGA